AUGCCUGAACACAAAAAACAGCAAGAACGUCUGCAAGAGAUAUUGAAUUUUACAUCUGCCAUCGUCGAUAAGAAGAGGGAAGAAAUGAAGCGACGAAGCGGUGAUAAUAUCUCCGAAAAUUCGGAUUUCGGUAUUAAGAAAGAAGUCCACGGUCAUCACACGGUGACGUCUGUCCUAUCGAGUAUCCUUUACGAGCUCUCCAAGCACGAGGAUGUUCAAGAGAAGUUAUUCGAAGAGAUCUCAAGUAUUAUUGAAAAUGACAAAUGCAUCAGUACUAAAGAUAUAAAUGCAAUGGAAUAUAUGGAAUGCGUGGUUAAAGAAGGUCUUCGUUUAUACAGCCCAGCAACUUAUAUAGAACGCAAGUUGGAUUAUGACGUCGAAGUUGAUGGUUCUAUCAUACCAAAAGGCACGAACAUAAACAUAUUCAUCUUCCAGUUGCAUCGCUCCGAACAGGUGUACAAAAACGCUUUGAAAUUUGACCCGGAUCGAUUUUCGGCUGCCAACAUGGAUGGACGAGACCCUAUGGCUUUCAUUCCUUUCAGUUUUGGGAUCAGGAAUUGCAUUGGAUGGAAAUUCGCCAUGAUCCAGAUAAAGUGUCUCCUCGCCAAAAUCAUCUACAAUUACAGAAUGCAACCUUUGUCGCAACACUUCGAACUUCAAUUGUAUAGCGAUGUUUUUCUGAAAUCCAAGAGCGGCUUUCCCGUUAACCUCUUAAGAAGAUAAUAUACCUCUUCAAACAUUCUAAUAGCUUGAUAUUAAUAUUCGUAAAAGACUGCGGUCAAUAGCUCUUUCUAUAUGUAUUUGUUUUUGUUGACAAUAUAUGUUACUUUGUUA